UCCUGUCACGACGCCAUCUUGAUGAGAUCAAAAUCGGAACUUCAAAAUCAGCUGAUUGCAACGUAAACAAACAAACAGUAAUACAUUUGUUUUACGCGUUUACCUUGUUUAGUGCACGAAAAUUAGUGAAUUUUUGGUCGGCUCUCUCACAAUAACUUGUCGGUUUACCUAAAAUACAGCAGACAAUGUUUUGGGUCAUCAAGUGGAGACUAUUUUCACAAUUUGAGAGUCGCGAUGAGUAUCAAAACAUCGCAGUGUUUGGGGCUCGAAACGCGAGGGGCUCAACGUAAUCGGUAUACUUUCAAAUGGCUGGUGCUCACAUACCGGUGUCAGAUGGGUGUGUUAUGCUUAUGAUCACAACAAGGGUGAGUCGCUUAACGCAAACGGUUUUCUGUCUGCAAAAACCGGAAUGACAAAAAUUUUAAUGUGCUUUCUGUUGUGCCGUUGAUGCAGAUAUUGUGUCUAGAAGUCUGAUUGGUGCCGGAGCGCUACUGCCAUGUGCGUUAAGGUGCGAUUGACACAUUAUUCCAAGCUACCGCCACUUGGAUUUGAUUCGGCACACUUUCAUAAUGUGCCGUUCGAUUCCUAUUUAGUAACUAAAACCCUUGUAAGUAACUAAAAGCGCUUAUAUGAACCAAAAAGUAUUGUAGUUUAUAGCGAAAUAGUGCAAGCAUGCAAACAUCAAUCGAAUAUUUACCAGUGGAGAUGCUGGAACAAAUAUUCUCCUAUUUAGAACUAGAGGAUCGCAAAUCGGUCAGCAGAGUUUGCCGCUUGUGGGCCAAGCUUGUGUUUCGUAAAUCGAACAUUCAGCUGGCGCUCGAUUUUCGGGCCCCAUCAAAACUGGAUAGUUCGGAAAGUUUUCGAGUGCUGAUGGCAAGCCAACGGCGCUAUAAACACCUUCUACUCUACUUCGGAACUAAGCAUGACAAAUCUGACUUGAUGUUGGCCAUACUGUGCAAGUUUGCGGAAUCAUUGGAAACACUGAAGCUGAUAUCGGACUGCACGUUUUCUUUACGGUUGGAUUUUUUUCGCCGAAUUGUAGAUCGGUGUCAGAGACUUACUACCCUACAUCUACAGUCGGUGAUAUUCAAUCACCAUAAAGCCGACGACCUACGUUUCGGUGUUCUUCCGAAACUAGAACGGUUUUACCUCAAGAGCAAUCUGCUUGAGCUGGCCGAAGUGGAUGUUGCAAAAAUUACACCCAACAUUACCAGUUUGUUCAUUCGAGUCAAUUACACUUCUCAGCGGCCAGUAGAUUUUGUCCGUUGCUUCGCCUCACAGUUGACGCAACUGGGUAUUUGCUUCCAAACAGCCGAUUAUUUUCGGCAAUUUUCAAGACUCCAUUUUCCUCGGUUGGAAAAAUUUGAUUUAUCAUCAGCAGAAGAAUUGGUUGACGAAGGCGAAUACGAGCACGAGUAUCUUGAUCUUAUACGGCGGCUAGACAAAUUGAAACAAAUUAAGCUACAGAACACAGUCAAUACAGUUGUACUGAUAACUUUGACGCAGUGUUGUCUCCAUCUGCAGGAUCUCUGUCUGAACACUGAUGAUUUGACUGAUGAACACUUUCUGUGUUUCGGUGAACUCAAGUGCCUAAAGAAUCUACGACUAAUAAAGGCAGCUAUCGAUAUCACACAACCGGAGAUUUAUCCUGUUUUGCCGGGCGUUGGACGUCUUACGAUUGAGGCUGUCAAGAUAAAAAACUACAACAAAUUCAAUUAUUUUCUGCGUCAUUCAUUUCCCAGACUGGUUUCGUUGCAACUAUUACAACUGUUCAGCCCUGUCCGCUUUAAAUGUGAUAUGAUUUCGAUUUACCAUCAAAUUUUGAACAAUCUGAUUUCUCUCGAACGAUUGGCAUUGCAUGAAAAGGGAAAACUACACUGCGAAUUUUUCUCCGCCUUCGCCACACUAAUAGGGCUACGAGAGCUGCAACUUCGAUUCCGUGGGUUGGGUGAAUACCGGUAUUCGACCGACAUGGCCGAUUUUCAAGUCCGUUCCCUGUUGGUGGAUUUCAGACAGAUCAAUGUUGGUGGACUCGAUACGCUGAUACGUAUAUUUCCGAACUUGAAACGUAUGGAAGUUUGCGGUGCUUCGCCGGAGGAUGUGCAGUUUGUUCGACGCAAGCUACCCGGUUGUGUCGUGCGUCAUAAGCGCAAACAGCGGAUUGUCGAGUGUACAAAUGACACGUGAAAUAAACGAUGCAUAACAUAGAAUCGAGCCAACGAAAACUGUACUAGUAAACUAGUAAGUUUCAAUUGUUGUGUUGUUUACUUAUAUAUUUAUGUAUUUAUAAAAAAUAUGACAAUAAAAUAUACUCAAUGAAUAAAUGCCAAAUGACCUCAAA